CCUUUCCUUCUCCCCAAAUAUCAUCUUCAUUCCUCUUUGCCAUCCAUUACCACUUCCCUCCCCACCUCCUUCCUUCCUCCCUCAUCCUUCUCUUCUCUGUUUUUUCCUUACCCCUCUGCUUAUUGCUGCUGCUGCUGCUGCUCUGCUUUUCUGGGCAACUGAUUUCUCUGUUCCUUCUUCAAGCUUCGAGUCUAGCUUUUUAAAGUGUGUUUGUAUUGGAGAAAUGUAUGCAGAGACUAGCCUCCUGUUCCCGUAUUUCCAGAAUUUCUCCCAAGAACUUCAACAGCUUGAGGAGUACUGCAAAACCCACAAGUUCAAUGCUUCCAUGAGUGACAUUGUCAGCUUUUCUGCCAUAUCCGAGUACGAUUUGGCAGCAGAGGGGGAUCUGUUCAAGGCUCCUGAACCUAUUUUUGAAGAACCAGUUAUGGACCUGGAUCCUGUGGCCGCAGCCAUCUCAAUGAUAUCUUGUGGGGAAGAUGUCUCAUCACAGGGACUAAAAUCCGCCGACAUCGAUGCUCUUCAAAGUGAGCAACUUCUGAGUGAGGUAUUCUAUGAAUGCAAGAAGGAUCUUUUAGAGAAGACUGCAACAGAGUCACCACUCUCUGAGAUUCUGGAUAUCAAGGUUCCUGUUCUCAAUACAGAUGAAAGUAAAAUUCAAGUAAACAAACAAAUUCCUGACAUGCUAUUACCAAAAAGUGUCAGUUUGGAAUGUUUGAGCUCAAUGGACUGGAUGCAAGGAGCUGUAAUCAAGCCUGCCUUUCUUGAAAUGCCCGGAAUAGAUCUCAAUGAGGUUUAUGGCAUGCGGAGGGCAUUUAGCGAAGGAGAUAUUAAGGCUCUUGGUAAUGGCAAUUGUAAUGUCAACAUCGUCCAAUCUCCUCUCGAGAGGCCCCUUGUUAUCAGCAACUGCACCAGUGAGGAACGCAGAGAAAAGCUCUCCAGAUACAGGAAUAAAAAGACAAAGAGAAAUUUUGGCAGGAAAAUCAAGCCUGCUGGUGGAGAACUACUGCUUGAUGUGAUGUAUCAUGUUAGCACUCUUCUCUUCCAUCAGUUUCUUGGACUUAUUGAUCACACCUUUUGUGAUUCUAAUUUUAUGAUCAAUGACGUCAGAACCUGCUUCAGUAAUCAUGCCUAAUUCUCGCCAUGGGUCAAGUCUUAUAAUUAUGCUUGCCGGAAGGCUUUGGCAGACAGUCAACCGCGAAUCCGGGGAAGAUUUGCAAAGACUGAAGAAUCUGAGAUCAAGAGGCAAUAAUUUUGAAUGGAUCUAGUAAAAUAUUUAAGCAGGAAUCAAGUGGCUAGAAGUCAUGCAGCUAAAAAUGGAAGCGCUUAAUAGUGAUGUGCGCAUGGAGAUGAUGGCGGAGUUUCAAAACUGAGGCGGGUAUUGCUAGUUGCUAAAUAAAUAGAGAUAAACCUAAACUACCUCAGAGUAGAAGAUCAGGAGGGUGGAAUCUACUUUGUGGACCUGUGUUCAUCUCUGCUGCAGUAUCACCUUCUUUGUAGACAGAAACGGCCUUCUAGAUUUGUAUAUAGGUUUGUUAAAUAAAUAGAAGGGAAAAAAGGUUCCACCAUGUUUAUAUAUAUAUUAUUUCGAAAUAAAAUGCUAUUCUCUUGGUACUUUUCUGAUA